GUAUUUUUCGGCAGCCUGUAGCUCUACGGUUUAAAAUAAAUCCGGAAACACUGACAAACGUGAAGGUCGGCAAACUAUUCACGAAUUUUGCGUUUCGACAUUUUUCGAUUUUCAUUUCGAAACAUUAAAAUGGCAUCUAGUUCUGGUGUUAAGCUUUUUUCGGGAGUCCUGAAAUCAUUUUCUUCACGUCAAAUUUACUCAAGAAAUUUCGGUGCUUCAUCAAUUGCAUUGGGCAAGCUGGACCCCGUGCAACAAAUCUUUGUUGACCAGAUCAAAAAGUACAAGGAUUUAAGUGCCAAGCAAGGUGGUGGUCCAGUUGAAGUGGGUCCAGAUUACAAACAAAGUAAAGACGAUGCCAUUGACCGAUUGUCAAAGAUGUACAAUGUUGGUGAUCCUCUGAAGUUUCCAGAGUUCAAUUUUGCAGAGCCAGAUCUUGAACAACAGAACAUCAGUAGUUUAGGAGAUAAUUAGGCAUUGUUUUUUUAAAUACGUUAAAUUGGUUGUGAAAUUAAAAUUAAGUUCAUGUUGUA